AUGGGAGACGACGACCACAACUCCAAGGAUCUCUUAGUGAGUGGGGAUUCAAUCCGUCGUCGUUUUCUGAAAUUUUUUGCUUCCCAGGGUCACGAGGUUCUUCCAAGUGCUUCUCUUGUGCCACGGCCAGAUGAUCCCACCGUUCUCCUAACAACUGCAGGAAUGCUGCAGUUCAAGCCUAUAUUUCUUGGCCAUGAGGAAAGAAAGGUAGAACAUCUCGGCACCAUACCUUCUUCGAAAUGCUUGGCAACUUCAGUUUCGGAGAUUACUUCAAGAGGGAAGCAAUCCGAUGGGCAUGGGAGCUUUCGACUGAAGAAAUUUGGAAUACCAGCUGACAGGUUGUGGGUUAGUGUCUUCCAAGAUGACGAUGAAGCUUUCGAAAUAUGGCAUCAUGAGGUUGGUGUUCCUGUGGAGCAUAUCCAGAGAAUGGGUGAAGAAGACAACUUUUGGACUAGUGGAGUCACCGGUCCAUGCGGUCCCUGCUCAGAGAUAUAUUAUGAUUUCCAUCCUGAGAGGGGGUAUUUAGAUGCAACCUCAAUGAUGAUACCAGGUUUAUAG